CAAAAACCGUAAAAUCAACUAAGUUGAAGAGAAAUUUAGUAAAUUUAUAGCCUACUGUAACCACGAUUAAGAAUUGAGGUUUUAAUUUUCAAUUAAUAGGUGUUUAACUGGUUGCCUGCACAACUGACGCCUCAUUACAGGGUCGGGUCCAACAUAUUGUGCGCCCCAUAUGACAUCUAAUAUUUUAUUCUGUUAUCAAACAGAUAAAAUAUUAUCAGAUUAAAUUAGAUAAAGUGUUAGACCACGUUAACUUAGUUGAACACGCAGAAUUUAUUCAUGGAUCAUUUUUUGUUAGUUGUCUACCCCAUUAUAGGUUGCUCCGGUUUAUUAUUGCUGCGUUUUGUAUUAGAGAGGUUUUUAUUCGCACCCCUUGGAUUGUGGUUCGGACUAAGAAACCUAACAACGAAAAAACCCCCAGACAAUCCAAUAUUAGAAAAGGAGUUUUCUCGAUCGAAAAAAUGGGACCGCCGCCAGAUCUCGGGUUUGUCCAAACAACUCGACAUAUCCGAAGAAAGUAUCAAAGACUGGUUAAGGUUAAAACUAGCCCAAACUAAGCCUUCAGUUUUGGGACAAUGUUGCAACAGUUCGUGGGAGUUUUUCUACAACACUUUUAAAAUGCUGUGUGGUUUCGUGGUGUUGUGGGACAAACCAUGGUUGUGGGAUAUGGAUGAGUGUUGGCGAGAUCUUGCCAACCAAACUGUUACGAACGACGUCUUAUUCUAUUUUAUAGUGUGCGCAUCAUGUGCUGGGUCACAACUAAUCGGUCUAACUUUAGACGAAAAAAGGAAGGAUUUUUAUGUGACGUUAAGCCACCAUUUGGCCUUGAUAUUACUACUAGCUCUCUCUGGGUACUCAAAUUUUUUCAGAUGUGUUACCGUGGCGAUAUUUAUGUCUGAUUCGUCCGACGUGAUUAUCGAGGCGUCUCGGGUGGCUAAGUAUUUAGGUUACGAAAAAACCUCAAUGUAUUUGUUUUUAAUAUUCACAGUGUGGUGGAUAGUCGUAAGGUUGGCACUGCAUCCGUUCCGGGUAAUGAAAAGCUUUAUAGUGGACGCUCCAAGAAUGAUACCAGGUUUCAGUACACAUUUUACUUACUAUGCCAUAAGUUGUUUGAUUGUGGUAUUCUUUACCGUAAAUCUUCUUUGGACCUACUUUGUCUUAAAAGCCGCGAGGCUGCUUUUCGUUUCUGGUAAAAUAAAAGACUCAAGAUCGAAUUCCGAUUAAUGUACAGUGUUUAGAUGAUAUUUUUAAUUUAUACUAAAAUGUGAAAUAAAUAUAUUCAUGAGAGUAUUAUUAUUA